AGCCUGAGGAUUUUCUUGUUUUUACUGGAAGUUUCUAUCUCUUGGGGGAGGGAGGUGAGACCAAUUUACCUGGGAAUCUGGUUUGAGUUCUGAUUUCUGGGGUCAGGACCCAUAUCUUGCUCCACCUUGCAGGCUGGAGGACUGGAAAGUACUUCAGAUUUGGGGCUGGGGCCUGGGAUGCACAGUUUGGGGGUGGUGCAAGGCUACAAGGGGAAGUCAGUCUGGUAAACUCCGUUGGCAGAGCUUGGAUUUGGACCCGAAGGCAAUGGGAAGCCAGCUCUGGGUCUUAAACCAGGGGGUGACAGAUCAGAGCUUGGGUUUUAGAAGUUCUGACUGUGCUUCAGAGAGGUUUGAAAAAGGCCAGUUGGGAGGCAGGUGGAUGGAGGUGCCUCUUUUUCAUCCUCGAUUGGUUACCGUCGAUAGUCACUGCCUCACACUCCAAGGUACCUGGUGCAGGUGAGUAGGCCUGCUGGGCACAGAGAUCCACAUGGAGCUAGGCUGAGGCCAGGCAGGGACUUUGCAGCCUUCACAUCAUCCUUGUGGGGGCUUCAGAUCUACCACAGGCGCCUGUGUCUAUAACAACCACCCACCUCACUUCCCUGGACAUUUCCAAUGCUCUGUCCUUUUGUUUGCACACUUUUCCUGUGUCAUAUUCGGUGUUCCCAUUUUUGGGAAACAGGAGACUGCAUGUUGUUCCACCCAAGGCCUGGAUUGAGGUGGAGGUCAGAGACCGUGACCACCGCCAAGACUCUAAGACCCACGUGGGUAGCGGGAGCGGGCAGCCGGUGACAAUGCACAGGACUUAGAGCCAAAACAGCGGCUGCAGGUCCUCCUUAUGCCCCCAGCCUUCCUGUCUGGGCCUCCCCUUCCCACAUUUGUAACUGGAGGUGAUGAUACCUGUCUGUGACAUCACCUCGCGGACAGCAGAGCAGCCUGCACGCAAUGACCGUUCGUGUUGGCUCUCCUUGUUGGGGGUCUCGGGAGAGAAGCAGGUGCACCGGGCGGGCUCUCUGAGGGAGAGGCAGGAAGACCACCAACCAGGCAGCCUGCCCUCGGGAGAGCUGGUGGGCGGAGUGCCGGCAUUCGCAACGUUUUGGAGGCCAGGGUGCUCACAUCAGAGUGGGAAGGUUCCCCCACUAUAGAUUUCGAUUAGCAGACGGCUCUUCCCACUGCGAGUCUUCCAUUUGGAGCAGUGAACCUCUCUGUCCGCGUCUCCCUGCCCGGUGGGCCUGAGAGCCAUGGCAACGGAGGAGAAGAAGCCGGAGACGGAGGCUGCCAGAGCGCAGCCCACCCCCUCAUCAUCGGCCACGCAGAGCAAGCCUACACCCGUCAAGCCAAACUAUGCUCUGAAAUUCACCUUGGCCGGCCACACGAAAGCUGUGUCCUCCGUGAAAUUCAGCCCAAAUGGGGAGUGGCUGGCAAGUUCGUCUGCAGAUAAACUCAUUAAAAUUUGGGGCGCCUAUGAUGGAAAAUUUGAGAAAACCAUAUCUGGUCACAAGUUGGGAAUAUCGGAUGUGGCCUGGUCGUCGGAUUCCAACCUCCUUGUUUCUGCUUCAGAUGAUAAAACCCUAAAGAUAUGGGACGUGAGCUCGGGAAAGUGUCUGAAAACACUGAAGGGACAUAGUAAUUAUGUCUUUUGCUGUAACUUCAACCCCCAGUCCAACCUCAUCGUCUCAGGCUCCUUUGAUGAGAGUGUGAGGAUAUGGGACGUGAAGACAGGGAAGUGCCUCAAGACUUUGCCUGCACACUCAGAUCCAGUCUCAGCCGUGCAUUUUAACCGGGAUGGAUCACUGAUAGUGUCGAGCAGCUACGAUGGGCUGUGCCGGAUCUGGGACACUGCCUCCGGCCAGUGCUUAAAGACGCUGAUUGAUGACGACAACCCUCCCGUGUCUUUUGUGAAGUUCUCUCCGAACGGCAAGUACAUCCUGGCUGCGACCUUGGACAACACGCUGAAACUCUGGGACUACAGCAAGGGGAAGUGCCUGAAGACGUACACCGGCCACAAGAAUGAGAAAUACUGCAUAUUUGCAAAUUUCUCGGUUACUGGUGGGAAGGUAAGUUUUCUCCGGCGUCCUUCCCAGAGUGCCCCCCUGAGAGGUGACCCCGCUACAGGUUGGAAUUCUUACAGAUGCUUUCUGUGCUCACAACACAAGUAGGAGUUAGUUUUUUAACCCAAAUGAAGUCACAUGACGUAGCGCGUUGGUGACCCUCACUUAGAUGUGGGAUGUCUCUACACGGCGGCUCCUGGACCC